GCUCCCGUGAGAACACAGAAGCCGGCUCCACAUCCGCUGGCGCCCGGAAGCCCUGGCAGCCAGGACCCUGCGCAAGCUGUCCGCAACGAGUAUUUCCUAAACAAGGAGAUCGCACGGCGGAACAAGGAGCGCUGUCGAGGACCCGCCAGCCUUUCUCCAGAGAGGUCGGAUGCAAGGCCAGAUCCCUCGCUGCAAGUGCCCCGUGGGGCGCCCCGGGCGGCCAGCGCCCCGCGGGCGCCGCCCCGGGAGCCCCCGCGCGAGACCCCCGAGCCGGAGGACAAGCGCGCCGAGGUGCGACGACGAUCGCAAGAGGCACGUGCUGCGGAAGAGGCGGCGUGGAAGAAGAGACUCGAGGAAGCUCGCCGGCAGGUCGUCCAGGACAAGAUGGUCGCGAAACAGCGGAUGGAGCAGGAUUAUCGUUCCCGCUUCGGUGGGCCAGAGCCCUCCGAGCGCAGUGUCAGCAGCGAUGCAUCUCCCAAUGCAACGCGACCUUCCGAGCGCCGCUCCGAGUCAGAAAGGAGCGGAAGCAGCGACCUUUCUCCCGGCGCACCGCAGACGCCAGGGGUCGAUCCGCUCCCGGAGCCCGAGCCGGAAAGGGAAGACGCCUUGGAGCUACGAACAAUGCUGGAAGCAGCAUUGCAGGCCGCGCCCAAAGAGGGCCCUGAAACACUGGAAGCCGUGGCUGCGGAUGACCUCGACCAGACUCUUCUGCCACCGGAGGAUGCCGUCAGGCACGACAGCCCAGUCAAGCCUGAUGACGCACCGGAGCGAACCCUUCGCCCUGUGGUGGCAGCGGAGACUGAACCGAACUUGGUGCAGGCGCCGCCCACGAUGGUGGACGAGAGGCCGAUCCGGCCGGCGACACAAGUUGCCCUCUCGGCGAUCCUCGAAAACACGCAGGACUCCCUGCUGUACACGGCAGAGUCAAGUGUUUUGAGCUCGCUGGAGCGAUCCAUGAACUUGGACGCUUCCUCGGCUUCGCAAGAAAAACUCCCUCUUCGAAAUCAGGAGGUGGCAGAAGAACUGCCUGCUGGAACCUCACAGACUCUGGAGGACGUCUUGCCUGGCGGCUGUGAGCCGGAAGCUGCCGGAUCUGGGCCUCAGCCGGCGCCACCCGACGCUCCCAGCGAGUCGGCGGCUGAGGUCAUCACCCUCCACAUGUCGGCCGAGGGUGGCAACUCCGAAUGUCCCGCACCUCCAGCUCCGCCAGUAACGAGUGCUGAAGCCGAUGAUUCUCCAGGAAAGCGCUGCUGUACUGUGAUGUGA